CUCUCAGCCAGAGAGCAGCAAGCCCUCGUGCGUCGCGCUCCCCUUUGCGAGCUGCUUCGCGCACGUUUGCUCCUCUAUUGUUUAUUACGAAUGCCUGGGGUCAUUCUUCUAUGCGGUGCGAAGCACCAGGAUCAUUCAGGUUGGUGCAGCUGAAGCGUUGCGGGAGUUUGGUUUCGCAGUUCCUGCGCGAGAAUCAGCGCUCGUUUUAACCAUUGUCGCACAAGGCGGCGAAGACCAUUGCCAGUGAGACGUGUCUUCCACCACCGCGUGUUACCCGAGUCCGACAUCACACCAUCCCAUUCUUUUUCACCGCCGCCCUGACCCUUUUGGCGCGAGUUGCGUACACGCUGCCUUUUGGCGGGUGCACCAUUGUGCUUUUCGGCAGGCAGCGGCGUGGUAAAUGCCACUGGCGGCUGUACUUGCCGAUGCUACGUGGGAGUUUCUUUCUUCCCCCCCCCAUUCCAACACUCCUUCCUUCUUGGCCUCCACCUCCCUCCCUGCCCCCAUCUUUCGCAGAGUGCCUCUGCGCGCCGCGCGCCGCGAGCCCGCCCCAUGUUGGUGCGGGCCGCCCUUGGCGCGCGCUUUUUCUAGAAAAGGCCCCGCCGGCCCUCGGGGCGGCCCCCCCAGGGCGCCGCGGAGGGAGAGAGACCACGCAGGGCGGCUCGGGGGGGUCGCCUGAGGGACGCCCUGCGCGACGCUGCCCGAUUUCUUCACAAUUUUGUUGCACCGCCGCCGCCGGGCCCGCCACGGUGGGAGACGCGUAGAGCUCGCGGUCGCGUGUGCCGCGGUUGGCGCGCGCUCGCGGGGCUCCGCCGCCCGGGCGGCGCGCGGCCGCCUCUCGCGUCGCCCUCGAUUUCCUCGUCGCCGUAUGGGUCCCCCUAUUCCGCUCUUCCCCACCCUCCGCCCUCCUCCCGACGCCGUCUGCGCCUUGCAAUUGCGCCGCCCCCCGCUCGGCGUUCCUCGCGGGUAGCGCGCGCAGGCUCCGAGCGCACGGCCGCCGGCGAAAAGCCACCACCGGUGCCCGCCUGCCUCCGCCGCGCCCCGCCGGGGGAUGGGUGGCGUCGCGUGCUGCAGCCGCACGGGCGCGGAGCAGGCGGCCGGCCAGAAGCGCCUCUGCCCCGGCCUCAAGAAGGCCGACCUGCAGAAGCUGGAGAGGGGAGGGACGGCCGACUCCGCGAGGCUCAGCUCGAGAUCCUCGUCCUCCGUCUCGUCCGACAGCCUCGCGGCGCUCGAAGCGCAGGCCAAGAGGCUUCGCACCACGAUCAAGCGGCGGUCGAAGGUGGAGGGUGCCAGUUGCAAGAACGACGACGUCGACAAGAUCUUGUCCCACUAUAACCAGGUGCUCUUGGACGUCGAGCGACAGAUCCUCGAAUUGAAGGGCGGCCCAGACUCGCCUGACUCGGUGGACACCCAGUGCAGCACCCGCGCCGAGACGCCCCGGCCAGAGCAGGCCGCUGUUCCGGCCAAGGCCGUGAAGGCCGUUGCUCCGGCGGGACCCUCGGCGCCGGUACCAGGCGGCGGCCGCCUUUGCCGGGUGGCUUCGAGGAACUCCGCCUCGCUGCUGGCCUCGAUGGCCUGCGCCCUCUGCGCCGUGCCGGCCCCGGGGGCCUGA